AUGGGCUACAACCACUUUUCCGCUGAUGUCCUUUGGGACUUUGCAGGGGAGGACAUCCGUGAUGCUUACUCCGCUGUUGUCUUUGCAAAAGGUGCUCUAUGUUUUGAGCAAGCAGAUUCUUCCUAUGUGGAUGAUCUUCCCGAACUGCGCGACGCGAUCCUUGGCGCCUUGCUUGGGCUCUGUUCGCAUCACGUGGCCUUCAGGGAUUGCAUAGACCCUGAAGCGAACAUUGACAUCGAAAUUCGCAACGAGCAGUUAGCGCUGCAUCAGGCACUUGUGGCAGCAGCUGCUGCGCGACAACAGCUGAUGCCCUGUCUCUUGGCAUUCCCUUGGCGCACAGGUCUGAUGGGCGACAAGCGCUUACCUGAACUCGUGAGAUUCUUGCGGGACCGAAGCGAAGCAAUGAGACAGCAGAAGAUAGAGACGCUGGAUUCUGGAUCUUUCCCUCGAUGGAGCCCGUUCUUGCAGUCCUUAGGGGAGGAAGUGGACGAAUGGCGCCGCGAAGUGCGACUCUUCGCCACGGAGCUCUGGUCGUUGAUGGACUUGGCACCGCCCAAACGGAGCGUCUUGAGAGACCUUGCUGUCUUGGCUCGGGUGGCAGCGCCGACAGAGGUGGUGUGCUCUGCCUUGUUGCAGCACGGUUUGGCGGCAGCCAGUGGCGAUGCAGUUGCUGUUGCUUCUCUGGUUGCGUUGGCAGAUGCUGCGGCAGCCAGUGGCGAUGCAGUGCUCAGUGCCGUGCUGGCCCAUUUGGAGGACUCACAACGUCAGCGAGUCGCUGAGAUGCUGCGGUCGACAGCACCGAAGGCUGAGGCAUGGGCUCAGCUAUUGGAGGCAGCACCGAGACAUGCGAUAAAACCUCGGUUUCUCCGCCAAAAAGUUUCAUCCCCAAAAAUGCAGUGGUUUAAAAUCUGGAAAGAUACGGAAACCAUGGUCUUCCCGAUUCAAAAUGAAUGUCACGGCCAUGAGGUUGAGGAUAGUUGGGGUAUACGUUGCAACGUGUUGCAAUAUAUGUUGCAAUAUGUUGCAAUAUGGCUAUAUGGUCAGUACAGGGUAUAUCUUUGGAGCUGGUGUGGCCAGGAAGCUCCACAAGCGACACCAGCCGAGCCGCUGCGGCAGGAGGGGAACUUGGGGUGUCACGGUGCCGUCAUCUAUGGUCAUCUGCACAGAUCUUCACAGCAUUUCUGUCCGUCCAUGUCCAUUUUGUCCAUGUUGAUGCUGCUGGUUCCAGUUCUAGAACUCAGUAGAAAGAUGUACUAUUGA